CAGGCUAGUGAUGACUUCGAAGAUUGUUAUCAAUGCAUGCAUCCAACUGAAAUCACUAAACCCUUUAUUCCGCUCAGUUGAUUCAUCCUGAUCGAAGUGUGAGGUUUGAUUAAAAUGAAGCUCGUCCUUAGCCUCUUUUUGGUGAUAUCCUUCCAGAACCUAGUUCUAGGCUCAGUGUGCGGAUCAGCUAAAUCCAAAAAUUGCAUAAUUCUCUCAUUGAAUGACUCAUUCAGCGAUGUCUCGUUACCAGAUCUCAAUGGUAAAACAUCCCUCCAAAUAAAGGGAGGCAAUUUGACUUCCUUCGGGCUCAGGCUGUCCAAUCAGCUGAAAUCCGUCCAAAAACUGCAAUUAGGACCCCUGGGUUUGCAGGAACUUUAUGUGAAUCCAGAUAUCACAGACCUGACAGCUACCGAUAAUCAAAUCCACGUGGUUAGAUUCAAAACCUCGGGAGGGGCGUACAAGUUACAACAACUGGAUCUUCAGCGGAAUCGUCUGACACAUUUGGACGGUUUUGAAGUGCUAACGAAUUUGGUCGAGCUGCAUUUGGAAGACAACGAGCUGGAAACUCUUGACUUCAGUGUUUUUGCACUAAUGCAAAAUUUGAAGGAGCUACACCUGGAUCGGAACCUACUCACCAUGGUGAUGACGACGGAUGGAAUCAAUUUGCCAGAGUUGGAGUAUUUGUCAUUGGCGGGUAAUAGACUUACCAAGUUGAACGUGGGCAACUGGAACUUUGGAUCGAUGACCACCUGGGACGUCAGUUCGAAUGAUUUGAUUUACGUCGAUGGCAUAGACAUUGUGGAGCGAUUUUCCAGCUUGCAAACUGUUUUGCUCUCUAGAAAUGGGUGGCAUUGCAAAUGGUUGAACGACACGAUGCAGAUGUUUGAAGCCAAUUCAGUAAACGUUGGCGAUGCGGAUAUGGGAUGCCUUAACACCUCCGGUGAAAUAUGCUGCGCUUCGGACGAAAUUUCAGUCGAUAACGGAUGGGAGCGGUUGGGAAACCUCACAAACGAUCAGCAACAGAUCAGGAAAGAUCUUGAAAGAAAAAUAAAAGGCAUUCAGAUGGAUCAGGAAGAUAAAUUUAGAGAAUUAUCGCGCCUUUUGAAUGAUUUGCAAGAAAAAUCUAACAUCCCAAUAAUGGCACCUGAAGAAAGCUUCGAUAAGGUUAAUUUUGAUGCUUUGACGAAACAGGCAGUCCAGCUGAAAUCAAAUCUGGAAAAAGAAAAAAAUACGCAAGAGGAGAAGCAAAUGACCAAUGAUAAAUUAAUCAAGAAUCUUGAAUUCACGAUCUUGCAACUAAGGAAAGCGCUUCAUCACGAGAUGGGUAAGAUUUCAGGGCUUCAAAAGCAGUUCAAGCUGUUGCGGGAGAACACUAGUAGGGCGAAAUAAACUGUGUCAACAGAAUAACUAAAAUAAAAGCCUGGGUGAUUUGAACAUCAAACCAUAAGUAACGAGAUUUAUUUUAGAAGAGUAAAUGGCAGAAACUUUUGAAAACUGUUAAGCUCCAUAAAACGUUUAAUGAUUUUGUUUCAACCGUUGUAAAUAAAAGAAAAUUAAGUUACUUCAAAUAUUUUA